AUGUAUUGGCUGAUUCUACUAGGCUUUUUGGCUUUAUUUGUCAUUUUUGUAAUGUAAGUUGAGGUUUAAAUUAGAAGUUAUUAUAAUAUGUAGUAUUUUUCAUAGGUAUAUUUUAAAUAAUGUCGUGUUUAAUUUUAAUAGAAUUUUGCUUUUUAAAAUUUUUGCAUUCCUGUGCUUUAUAUAACUUAACUAGUAUUUAUUUUAGUAAAGCAAUAGACCACUCUCACCAUUGGAAGAAGCUUGGCAUACCAGGUCCAAAGUCUUUGCCAUUUGCUGGCAAUAUCUACGACUUGAAAGGAUGUAUUCCUCAACAAAUUGAAGAAUGGACCAAAGAAUAUGGUGAAACUUUUGGAAUUCAAAAAGGAAGAACUAAUAUACUUGUCACUAGUAAUCCUGCCUUGAUCAUAGAAGUUAUUGUAGAUAGAUUUGACACAUUUUAUGGUAGGGAGGUAGGUUAUGAGUUUAGCUUGCUGUAGUAGGUUGUGUGUUUUAUGUAGGUGAUUGUACGCUUUAUGUAGGAGGUUUUAUGCUUUAUAGGAAAAUAAAUUUUUUUUUUUGAGUUAACUUUUAUUUUCUGUAGAACUUGUUAUAUUUUAGGUACCACCAACUAUGGGCGACGUUGAACUGUCGCCUAGAAUAAACUUGUUCUUAGCAGCAGGAAGACGAUGGAAACGGCAAAGAACGUUGGUAAAUCCAGUGUUUUCAGUCAAGAACUUGAAGAAAGUAUGUUAUUUUUUAAAAUACGCAGAAAAUUUAAAAGGUUUUUCAAUGUUCUUGAAUGAUUUGAGUUUAACAUUACAGUAAACAAUAUAAAUAUGUUACAGUAUGAAUAUAAAUAUGUUACAGUAAUCAAUACAAAUCAUUUUAGAUCAUGCCAAUCAUUGAAGAUUCAGGAAAUGUAAUGUUGAAGCAUCUAGAAGAACAACAAGCUUCCAACAAAGUUAUGGACAUCCAACCGUAUGUUUUUGUGGUAAUACAUGGUUAAGAUAACUAUAAGUUUUUAAUUUUUUGUGUUUUGAUGUCUAAUAUCAUCUUAUAAUUAAAAAAUCUCAUAAAUUAUGAAGAAACGAGUCUUUUAAUUACAAAAAAUAAUUUUUAGGUUUUUCUUCGAGUACACUUUGGACAUUAUUUGUCGUACUGCCUUCGGAUUUGAAGAUAGUACACAAUUUAGAAACCCAUACAGAAAGGACUUAUUGUAUCUUUUGAAUAAUCUUGGAGGCAUAUUUACUGACCUAUCCUGGAUGUUUCCUAGUAUAUGGUUACCUCUGCGAUAUCUUGAUUUAUGUAAGAAAAUCUACCAAGGCAUUGGCUUCAGAUUUUUGGUUAAGUCGGUCAGAAAAGCUGUCAAUGACAGGAAAGAAAGUCGGGUAAGUAAUACUCUAAGUAGUGACAGUUUAUUUGCACCUUACAUUUUUCUAAAAAUAAUUAAAAAGAAAAAUUGCUAUAUUAUAGUUUGUAUAAAAUAUUAGUAUUCUUGUAGAUAAGGAUAUAAAAAUGAACUUUUUAGAAGAGCGAGGAAGUUAACGAAGAGCCAAAAGAUUUCAUUGACAUGUUUCUGAACCAUGAAGAUGUUGUAGAAUACGAAAAAACAGGAGAAGCAUACGACAAGACUAAUAUUCAUGUGGAAAAGAAGAUAGCUAUUGACGAAAUAUUUUCAAAUUGCUUCCUAUUUUUAAUUGUAGGGUAAGAUUGCGAUUGUACGAUUUAUGGAAUGACUUUUUUUAAAUAUAAAACAUAAUAGCGGCAAGAGGCUAGUAGGGUUUUUCUAUAAGGUCUAUUUUAAGUCCAAGUGCCUGCUGCCAUUCAGGAUAACUAAAACAAUAAAAAUUUUUAAAAACAGACUGUAAUAUUCUAAAAACUUUAAUUUAAGGUACGACACAACAGCCAAUGUAUUAAGUUUUACAACCUACUUUUUAUCGCAACAUCAAGAUGUCCAAGAUAAAGUCAGAGCGGAAAUUAAAGAAGUUUGUGGUGAUGAAGUAAGUUAUCAUUGUUAAUAUUAGGUUGUUUAGAUAAUUAUGUGCUGUAUUUAAAGCAAAUUUUUGGGGUUAUUUAACACAGAAUUAAUUGAACAACUUAAUAUUAGGUUUUGUUAAGAACUGUUCGGAUCAAAUAUAAUUUUCAUUGCUUUAGGAGUUAACAUACGAACGUUUAAACAGUUUACGUUACACUGACGCUGUGAUUAAAGAGACUUUGAGGUUCAUACCAAUUGGCACGUCGUAAGAUUUUGCCGUUUUUAAAAAAAGAAAUUUUGGAAUUGUCGCAGGCCAAUAUUGUCGCUUCUCUAAUUAUGGAUUAGCUAGUUAAUUUAAAUACAAAAAGUGAAAAAAAAAUAUUUAAACGACGUCUUUUAGAGUAUUAAACCGUACAGCUUCAAAAGAUACGACAAUCGGUAACAACAUUCAAAUUAAAAAAGGAGACAUUAUUCAAGUUGACACUAUCUCGUAUCACAGAAGGAAAGACGUCUGGGGGGAUGAUGCUGAAGAGUUUAGACCAGAAAGGUAGGUAAAAAAUUUAUCAAAUUUUGAAAAGUCGAUAUUAAAUUGUCAUAAUUAAUUGAUAAAGUUGAAUUUAAGGUUUUUGGAAGAACAUCGAGCAGAGCAAUCAUAUGGCUUUGGCGGUGGGCCGAGGAUUUGCGUUGGAAUGAGAUUGGCCUACCUCGAACUCAAGAGUACUUUGUCAAAGAUACUACCAAGAUACCGCAUCAAACCUGUGCCAGACAGCCCGCCAUUGAAAUUCAAACCAACUAUGAUAUUAAGCAUAGAAGAAAUGGUUGUGCAGGUUGAAGAACUUUGA